AUGAAGGAAGACAUUACAUCAGCCCCCACUGAAGGUGUCUACAUUUUUGGCCUAUACCUGGAUGCUUCAGGCUGGGACCGACGAAAUGCUAAACUGAUUGAACCCACCCCUAAAGUUCUCUUCACCCCCUUACCAGUAGUACAUGUCUUUGCCAACAAUAUGGAGAAACCUCGUGGCUCAAACUUAUAUGAAUGUCCUGUCUAUAAGAAACCAAACCGUACAGAUCUGACCUACAUCUUUCCCCUGCUCUUGAAGACAAGCAAGAGCCCUGAUUACUGGACGCUGAGGGGUGUGGCACUUCUCUGUGACAUUAAGUAA